AUGGUUCACAGACCGGGGGUGCAGAAUAUCAUUGAUGCUACAGUCCGACGAACGCCCGUUAAGGAUGGUAGCAGCUUCGAGCUUCUCAUUGCUCGCUUGGGGGUUGGACUUCGUUCCUAUGCAAGGGAAGAAAGCAAGAGAGUUAAAGCGACAAUAUCACGGCUGGCUACGGAUGUAGCAAGACUGAAGCAGGAGUGGAUGGGGGACCCAGGGUGCACUGUCAAGCAGGCACUACUGGAGGCAAGAGAAUCGCAACUUAAGGCAUACCGGUUGGCGCGGAAAGAGAGAUUGCACAUGCAGGCUGGCCUGACGGAGGAGAUGACCGGGGAGAUUGCAUCGAAGCAUUUGCCAGCCAGGGGCCGCGCGAGAAAGGCUCGCACGCAGAUAACGGAGCUGAAGGUGGGUGGUUUGCCCGUUACAAGUGUAAAGCCGAUCUUGGCGGCUGCCUCGGAGUACUUCCAUAACAUCUUCGGCAAGGAUCGCCGAACGGACUUCGUGUCUUGGGACUUCAGUCCGUCACGGCGCCUGGGCAAAGAAGCAGCAGAGGCGUUAACGGCGGAUUGGACGGAACAAGAGGUUAAAACAGCCUUCACGGCGUUGGCAAAGAACAAGUCACCUGGAGGGGAUGGACUCCCGAAGGAGCUCUUCGAGGCUCACUGGGAUCUGCUGGGGGAAAGCUUCAUGGUGAUGGCGAAGAGCUUCGAGAAAACUGCCUUCCUACCGACAGAGCUCAAGGAGGCGGUCACAAUUCUACACAAGAAAGGGGAUCGGGAUCAGCUGGACAACUACAGGCCGACAACCCUUUUGAAUUUUACUUACAAAAUCCUGGUGAAGGUCAUGGCGGACCGGAUGAAAUCUGUGCUGCACCAAGUCAUCUCGCCGGAGCAGUAUGGUUUUAUUCCGGGGAGGCGGCUCUCAGAUGCGGUGGCGCUGGUUGCUGACGUCAUUGACGCCGCGAAAAAUGGCGAUAAAUACUGGUACUUGUUGCUGGUGGACUUCAAAAAGGCUUUUGACUCUGUGUCGCGGGACUUCCUGUUUGAUGUGCUCCGGAGAAUGGGUUUCCCGGAUCGUUUUGUCGGCUGGAUUGAAGGCCUGCACGAGAAUACAACAACAAAGCUCUUGGUUAAUGGCUGGCUUGGGGAUGGGCUGGAGGCGGUAGAAAGAGAGCGGUUGGGGCUUAGCAGGGACGAUCAGCGGCUGAGCUACCUAGGCUACGCUGACGACACCACGCUGAUCCUGCAAGGGGAAGACGGGGUCAAAACCUGGGAGAAGGCAUUGGAGCGGAUAGCUGAGAAAUUGGUCAAGUGGCAGCAGAAAUACCUGACAACCACGGCGAGAGGGACAGUUGUAAAUUAUUACAUCAUACCGAUCAUCGCGUUCCAGGCGCAAGUUUACCCACCGACGGCUGGUGUCUGGGAAGACCUCGUCCGGCUGAUACACAGCUUCACGUCUGGGAACAGGGCGUCAGCAGCGAAGGGUUUCAAAUUGUGGAGUAAAGAGGUGCUAUACACAACAAGGGAGCUUGGAGGGAUUGGGGUGACAGAUCCUGAGAUCAUCAUCACCUGUCUUGCGGCGAGAAGAGUUGGCCUCUUUCUCACGGAGAAAGACGCGCUGAAGAAGGAGCUGAUGGUGCUUGCGGCUGAACUCCCGCUCGGGGUGGACUCCUUCGAGGCCCAUGAGAAGCUGUUCAAACACUGGGUGGGGCGCAGCACAUGCUGGAAGCAGACCUGCGAAUGCCUUUCUCGCUCACCGUCGUACACAAGGGCGGCGGCGUGUACGAGGGAGGAAAUUCUGCAGGAGAGAGUUGGCCUCUUUCUCACGGAGAAAGACGCGCUGAAGAAGGAGCUGAUGGUGCUUGCGGCUGAACUCCCGCUCGGGGUGGACUCCUUCGAGGCCCAUGAGAAGCUGUUCAAACACUGGCUCAAGUGCGCUGAGGGGAAGUUGCUUGGAUUUGCACAUUCAGUUAUGGCUGAGACUACGCCAAAAGUUUUCACGUUAGAAGAGGUGUCGAAGCACAACACGGAGAAGGAUUGCUGGCUGAUCGUGUCAGGCAAGGUCUAUGACGUGACUAAGUUUAUGGAUGAUCAUCCUGGCGGAUCCGAUGUCAUGGUCUCGUCGACCGGCAAAGACGCUACCGAUGAUUUUGAGGAUAUUGGCCACAGUAAGACUGCCAGAGACAUGCUCGCUCAGUACUAUGUUGGUGAGAUUGACGAGUCGACGCUACCAGAGAAGCCAGCUAGGAAUGGAAGCAGUGGUGGAGGGAGCCAGGAGAGUACGUCCACGUUGAAGCUGUUUCUGCAGUUCUUAAUACCCGUGCUGAUGGUGGUGCUGGCUCUUGCCGUUAGAUCCUACACACAGGUUUCCAAGGUCGAGAGCUAA